AUGGCAGAAUGUAAUAAUAGAAAAUAUAAUUUCACAAAUGUCACGAUCACUGAACGUGGCUUAACUGUCACGUACACUGACGGAAAUUCUUCUCGCUGGCCAAAGGAGAAUAAGCCGGCUAACUAUAAGGCUAAUGAACCUAUCACGUAUUAUUGUUCCGCUGAUGAAACUAGGCUUGAAUUUUAUUUAAGCAAACUUGGAGGUGCGCUUGCUCAAGCAAUACUCGAAGUUACAGCCGUUUUGACCGGAUUUCCAAAAGGUUACGCGUUAUUUGAUCAUUUCAAGGAGUGUGAUUCGGAAAUAAUCAGAAGAGAUACCUAUUUGUUUGGUAGUAGUAUUUCAAGAUUUCGUUCCCCUCAUGAAUUUGAAGAACAUCUUCUGUGGAUGGCAUCAGAUAAGACAAAUAAAUGUAUAUGUAAAUAUUGUCGACCUUCGGAACUAGGAGCGUGGAGGGGAAAAGAAACUGAAUUACGUUCACUACCAAAUGAUAUUAUUGCUCGUCCGGAUUCUAAACCCGUUAAUAUCAAAUCAAAUAAACGUGAUAAUAAAUCAAAUUCACAAAAUCUUUCAUUAACAAAUUCAGGUUAUGAUAUUGACAAUACGUUUAGGCGUGGAGAAAUAGUAUGGUCUAACGUCAAACAAUCUUUGGAUAUAACUCAGCAACGUGAAUUAUCUCGUCAACUUGGAGAAGAGCUAAAUGAUCGAAUAGAAUAUUGGCCAGCAAUGGUGAUUAAUCGUAUUCGAGCACCAUAUGUUUCCAAGUCUUCAGUUCGUGUUGCACGUGAAUUAGAAUUUCUUUACGACCUGCAGAUACUAUUAAUUAAUAAUAAUUUACAACUUCAACCAAAAGCAAUAAAGCCAUGGCGAGCAUUUGAUGCUAAUAAGAUUAUUCUCGAUUUUGAAAACAUUAAGUAUACUGCAAGAGAUGAAUUAGUGGUUAAAUACAUUAAGGCAGUAAAGCGUGCAAUACAUGUGGCAUCGAUUUUUACGCCAGUGUUAUCAUAUGAAUAUAAACCACCAAUAUCUUUGACCGAUUCGACAAAGAAUGAAGUAGAAAAACGAUAUUAUCAACAAAUUUUGUCCUUUACUCAUUUUAAGACAAUAAUGUUUGGUCCAGAAUUAUUUAGGAUCAAUGAUUUCAUACAAUUUCAAGACUCUGGUGAACAAUCUAUUUUAAGAAUAAAAAGUAUAUAUCAUGAUGAGAAUAAUGAUAUGAAAAUAAUUGGUGAAUUACUUCAUAUAAUACCGGAAAAAGAUGGACACUCAAAGUUAGUCCCAAAGAAUUCAGAUAAUUCGAAUCGUAUAAUUGAUAUAUUACAAGCAUUAGGACGGUUUUAUUCAUUUUAUAAGAUAAAAUGUAAUACCGUUGUUAAAGAACAAAAAUCCGCAAUUCACCGGGAAAACAUAUUGAGUGGUCGACAGAAGCAAGAGCUACCGUAUGUUUUACAUCAUCCAUUCUCGAAAGUGUCUAACCAGCGACGUUAUAACAAUCAUCAAAUGAAGAUGACUGAAGACAUGGAAAUCGAUACAUAA